CAGCGGAGAGUGGCGAUUCUUCGUUGUUUAUCCCCAGCUUUCCCCACUCGUGGCAAGUGUUUUCACCUCUUUAGUCUUUGCGCAGCGUAGUGCCGGUCCAAACAUCGCCGAGCGAAGCAACGUCGCGCGCAAAGUUCAUUCUCUUCGAUCGGUGCAUUUCGUUUUGCAAAAAAAUUAUUAUUUCUCGCGCGAAAUCAUGUCAGGUGUUUCGAGGAUCCUUUUGGUUUGUUUCCUCGCGAUGAUCGCGAUGACACACGCGAAACCCACGAUUUACAAGAGGAAUCAGGAUAACGUGUUCGAACCAGUGAUGGUACCAGUUUCAUCCACGGUAAUUCCUCUGCCGGUGUACAAGGUGGAAUACGGUUUGGGAUUCAUAUCGAAAGACAAAAAGGCCCAGUUGUCGUUCAAGCCAGAGGGUGGACUAAAAUUGAUAACGAUUAAGAAGAACCAGGAGAAGAAAACGUAAGGUAAAUGGUAACGCAUGCGAGUUACCAGCUGACCUCUCCUCGAGUCCAUCGCGAUAAACUUUUUCGUGGCGCGUUUAAAAGUCUAUCGUCGACGAUGCAAUGGAAAUUCGUUGGUGUUGUACAGCAACGUGCGAUUGUAACUGUAAUGUUGCAUCUCAUGCAGUAACGGAAACUUCACGCCAAAAAUUAAUUUACCUCUACGAUUAAUGUAAGUUAUAUAUAUAUAUUUUUUUUUGGUAAAUUUAUUGACAGUUGUAACAGAUGAACAUAAAAUCAAAAGUUUUUAAACCAAAUCGUAGCAAGUAUAAAAACAGAAUUUGUUAAGUUUUUGUAUUUAAUUUGAAAUAUAAUCAUCGUUUCUGAUAUCA